AUGCCUAAUAGUAAAGCAUCUAAAAAGUAUUUCUUUUAUUCACCUGCAACCAAUGCAUCACCAAUACCUCCAAUUACUACAAGUAGAUCUGAUAACAAGGAAUUGGUAUUACUGAAUGAUGCAAGACCAACAAUAGUAUUAUUAGGUUGGGUUGGAGGACAUGCUAAACAUCUAUUAAAAUAUGUAGAGUUAUGGAAUAACAAAGGUUUCAAUUGUUUAUAUUAUCCUGUACCAUUAAUUGAAUUUUUAUUUCCAUAUUUAACAUUAUUAGUAAAAGCAACCAAAGUAUUGAGAGAACUUCAAAGUUAUAUUCAAGAGAGCAAUUGUAAAUCUAUCAUUUUUAAUGUAUUUAGUAAUGGUGGAGGUUUCAUGUAUGGACAUUUUAUUCGAAUCUUGUAUAGUAAUGCAGGACAAAAAGAAUUCCAAGUGAUUCGUAAUGCUAUUUGUGGAACUGUUUUUGAUAGUGCUCCAGGUGUAUCUUGGGGUGCUGGAAUACAUGUCAUUCGAGCAGCUGCCCAAACCAAACUACAAUCUUUUCUUGCUCUGCUCAUUCUACCACUUGCAAUGUCACAAUGGAUUCCAUAUUGUGCUAGUUAUCAAGGUGUAUUGGCAGACUCUCGUAAUAGAUGGAAUCAUCUUGUACUGUACUCUAAAAAAGAUAAUUUUGUUCCAUAUCAACAAGUUAAUAUUUUUAUUCAAUUACUUAAAAAGAAUAUCUUGAAACCAACAAUUAAAUCAUCCAGUACUGGUGGAUCAUCGUCCACGUCCUCUUCCUCAACAGAUUUAGUUCAAACACAAUGUUUUGAAAACUCACCUCAUGUAAUGCAUCUAAAAGUAAAUCCAAAAGAAUAUAGUUUAAAAAUUGAUCAAUUCAUUAAAUCAAUCAUAAAUAAUAAUAAUAAUAAUAAUCAAUCAUCUAAAUUUAGUAUUACAAGUAUUGUAUGA